AAUAAAUAUAAGGAUAACUCAAACAGAUAUACUAUCAAGAACUCCCUGGCUAUGUUUACCUGCUCUUUUCCUGGCUGCAAUGCUAGUUACCAGCGAAAAGAGCAUCUACGUCGCCAUCAGACAAAACACUCCCAAGACCAAGCCUUCCUAUGCUCAAACUGCGAUCGAGAAUUCGCACGCCGGGACACCCUUCGCCGACACAUCUGGCAACACCAUAAAAUCAAAGAACCAUCUUCUCGAGCCCGACAAGCCUGCGAAGGCUGCCGAGCAACCAAAUCCCGCUGCAAAGGUCUACCAUGCACGGAAUGUGUACGUCGCGUGAUAGAGUGCGUUUUCAAAGAUCAAAACCAAGACCAAGACCAAAAUCCAGAUCAAACUACACAAAGUGAAGAUAAAGGGACAACAAUACACCCGACACCACUAUCCAAUAAAAGAGACCAGUAUAUCAAUCUCUACUUUGAGAAAUUCCACCCCAGAUGGCCAUUCAUCCACGAAGGGUCUUUCGACGCUAAGCGCGAAACACCCCUCCUCGUGCAGUCGAUGGUAGUCCUAGGUAUGUGGGCGAGUGGCGAAGAGAGCGCGAGAUCCGCAGCCGUGGAUAUCCACCAUAAUCUGGACUCAGCAGUUCGGGCACAGAAGGAUAAAUGGGACGCAUCAGAAGCAGACCAAGCAUGCAGUGAUUGCCACUGGCCAAUACCGACCUACCAGGCCAUUCUACUACACAUUAUUUUCUCGAUCAUGCACCGAAGCACAGACUCCCUGGAUUUGGAUCUGCGGGUUUCUCUGCCCGCUGCGAAACUCGACUUACUAGCUGGUUUAGUAAGGAGUUGUCGAAAGCUAGGCAUGUUCUAUUAUCCGAAUGUGGUGGCUCGGUAUCGAGAUGAGGAUCUUUCUACUUUUGUGUGGGUCUGCAUUGAGGAGAUUAAACGGUUUGAUCUUGCUUUGUUCAAGGUUUGUGGAAAAUUAACUGGCGCGGGCUUGGGCUUGGGGCAGGGGGAUGAGAUGGAGUUGUUCACAGCGGAGGAAUUGCAGUUCCCUAUGCCGCGUAAUUGUCUUUUGUGGCAUGCUGUUACGAAGGAUCAAUGGCGGCCUGCUGCUGAGGAGGGGGCACUUGUGGAUUUGAGGGAUUUGGCGGAGGAUACUUGGAUAUCUAAUUGUGCGGGAUUGUUAAAUUUCCUUUUUGGUAUUUAA